AUGGCAAAACCAAGUUCAGCUGAUGGGAGGACUAGAAGCUCUGUGCAGAUCUUUAUAGUAGUUGGUCUGUGCUGUUUCUUCUAUAUAUUGGGUUCAUGGCAGAGAAGUGGUUUCGGAAAGGGAGAUAGCAUAGCAUUGGAGAUUACUAAGAAAGGCUCAGACUGUAAUAUAGUCCCUAAUUUGAGUUUUGAUACUCACCAUGGUGGAGAAAUCAGCAAAAUUGAAGAAUCUGAGUCAAAACCAAAGGUGUUUGAACCUUGCAAUGCCAAUUUCAUUGAUUACACCCCUUGCCAAGAUCAACGGCGAGCAAUGACUUUUCCAAGAGACAAUAUGAAUUAUCGUGAGAGGCACUGCCCCCCUGAGGAAGAAAAGUUGCACUGUUUGAUCCCAGCACCUAAGGGAUAUGUGACACCCUUUCCAUGGCCGAAAAGCCGUGAUUAUGUUCCAUAUGCAAAUGCACCAUACAAGAGUCUUACAGUUGAGAAGGCUAUUCAGAACUGGAUCCAGUAUGAGGGAAAUGUGUUUAGAUUCCCAGGUGGUGGAACUCAAUUUCCGCAAGGUGCAGACAAAUAUAUUGAUCAACUUGCUUCUGUGAUACCUAUAAAGGAUGGAACAGUUAGGACAGCACUGGACACUGGUUGUGGGGUUGCCAGUUGGGGUGCAUAUCUUUGGAGCAGAAAUGUUAUUGCUAUGUCAUUUGCGCCAAGGGACUCUCACGAAGCACAAGUACAGUUUGCACUUGAAAGAGGUGUGCCCGCAGUCAUCGGUGUUCUUGGAACCAUAAAAUUGCCUUAUCCAUCUGCAGCUUUUGACAUGGCACAUUGUUCUCGCUGCUUGAUUCCUUGGGGAGCAAAUGAUGGAAUGUAUAUGAUGGAAGUUGACCGAGUUCUAAGACCUGGUGGUUAUUGGGUGCUUUCGGGUCCUCCAAUCAAUUGGAAGGUCAACUACAAAGCCUGGCAGAGAACUAAGGAGGAUCUUGAAGAAGAACAAAGAAAGAUUGAAGAGGUUGCUAAGCUGCUUUGCUGGGAGAAGAAGUCUGAAAAAUCUGAAAUUGCCAUUUGGCAAAAAACUGUAGACUCUGAAUCAUGUCGCAGCAGACAAGAAGAUUCUAGUGUAAAAUUCUGUGAAUCAACAGAUGCUAAUGAUGUCUGGUAUAAGAAAAUGGAGGUCUGCAUUACUCCAACUCCUACAGUUUCUGGUGAUCUUAAGCCAUUUCCAGAUAGGCUCUAUGCCAUUCCUCCUAGAAUUGUUGGUGGCUCUGUUCCUGGAGUUUCGGUUGAGGCAUACCAAGAUGAUAAUGAAAAGUGGAAAAAGCAUGUAAAUGCUUAUAAGAAAAUUAACCGACUCCUGGAUACUGGAAGGUAUCGCAAUAUUUUGGAUAUGAAUGCUGGAUUGGGUAGUUUUGCUGCAGCUAUUCAAUCAACCAAGUUAUGGGUCAUGAAUGUUGUGCCUACCAUAGCCGAGAAAAGUACACUGGGUGUCAUAUAUGAGCGAGGACUUAUUGGCAUCUAUCAUGAUUGGUGUGAAGCCUUUUCCACAUACCCAAGGACAUACGACCUCAUUCAUAGUCAUGGUCUCUUCAAUCUGUAUAAGGAUAAGUGCAAUGAAGAAGACAUUCUUCUUGAGAUGGACCGUAUUUUACGCCCAGAAGGCGCCGUGAUAUUCCGUGAUGAAGUUGAUGUCUUAAUUAAGGUAAAGAAAUUAGUUGAAGGAAUGAGAUGGGAUACUAAAAUGGUGGACCAUGAGGAUGGUCCCCUUGUUCCUGAGAAGAUACUAAUUGCCGUCAAGCAGUAUUGGGUUGCAAAUGCCACAUCUACACAAUAA